UCAAUGGAACCUUCUAUCGAGUGUCGCUUCUUCUUAGUGUAUAUUCUUCGAUAUUCCUCACUUCUGCGUGAGUGGUUUGAAAACGUUCCUUUAUUCAGCAUGACAACUUUACGUUGUACUAAUCAGGAACGCCGCAGAGAGUCACGUGUUUCAACGACUCCCGCAAGUCGGAAGUAAAACAGAGUGGACGCUCUACGCUUUAAUGAAACAUCUACGUCAGUGCAGCAUUAACGCGAGUCAACUUGUUUACAGCAACCUGGCAAAACAGAUUGACAAUUAGGAAAACAGGUCAGAGAUUACAGCUCUUUUCAGGGUUUGUUGUGCUCGGAGCUCAGUCGGUGUUGUUUAGCGGCUUGAGGAUAGUGUGCGUGUAAUGUGCUUUAAUGAGGCCCAGUGUGCGCUGAUGCUCCUGCGUAUCAGAUGAGUUCAUACACACAUGCUGCUGAGCGCUUAUCGCUCUUCACACCCGUCAAGCUUUACUCCGGGAUUACCUGCAUGUGUAGGGCCGUGUCACAUAUAUAUAAUGUUUGCAGUGCCAUUACCGGGUAAUACAGAGCUCUAUUUUCCACAGAGAUUUUCCAGACAGACCUGGAUUUACCCGCAUCAUUGAUUUUGAAAAGCCAACAGGACACAUUUUUCUGGAUUUUCUGAAGAACCAAACAGCAAAAGACGCCAAUAUGAGACUCUUCAGGACUUUGAUGAACGCUGCAUCUGUUUCCAAACAAAUCGACUUUUACUCCAGAUUCUCGCCUUCUCCUCUCUCUAUGAAACAGUUCAUAGAUUUUGGUUCAGAGAACGCGUGUGAGAAAACGUCAUUCACGUUUCUAAGACAGGAGCUGCCUGUCAGGCUGGCAAAUAUUUUGAAGGAAAUAGAUUUAUUGCCUGAUAACCUGCUGAGAACUCCUUCAGUGCGGCUGGUGCAGAGCUGGUACAUGCAAAGUUUCCAGGAUAUACUUGAUUUCAAGGACAAGGAUAUUGAUGAUCAAAUGGUCUCACACAACUUCACAGAUGCUGUGAUUAAGAUCAGAAACCGCCACAAUGAUGUAGUGCCCACCAUGGCUCAAGGAGUGGUGGAGUAUAAGGAGACCUACGGCACCGACCCCAUCACCAGCCAGAACAUGCAGUACUUCCUGGACCGCUUCUACAUGAGCAGGAUUUCAAUCAGAAUGCUCCUGAACCAGCACACUCUUCUGUUUGGGGGAAAGGUGCGCGACAAUCCUGCUCAUCCCAAACAGAUCGGCAGCAUCGACCCCAGCUGUCGUGUCACUGAUGUGGUCAAAGAUGCUUAUGAAAAUGCCCGAAACCUGUGUGACCGGUAUUACAUGAACUCACCAGACCUACUACUGGAAGAAUUUAAUGUUAAAGGACCAGAUAAACCCAUUGCUGUGGUGUAUGUGCCGUCUCAUCUGUACCACAUGGUGUUUGAGCUCUUUAAGAAUGCCAUGCGCGCCACCAUGGAACUUUAUGAAGAUGCCAUGGAAUAUCCCCCAGUGCAUGUUCAGAUCGUCCUCGGCCAUGAAGACUUGACCGUUAAGGUCAGUGAUCGUGGAGGCGGAGUCCCAUUGAGGAAGAUUGACAGGUUGUUUACGUACACCUACUCCACUGCGCCUCGUCCUCAGAUGGACACGUCUCGAGCCACUCCUCUGGCUGGCUAUGGUUACGGUCUGCCCAUCUCCAGACUUUACGCCAGAUAUUUCCAGGGUGACCUGAAGCUCUACUCUAUGGAGGGAUUCGGCACAGAUGCCGUCAUUUACAUUAGAGCUUUGUCCACAGAGUCCAUUGAGAGGCUUCCCGUUUACAACAAAUCGGCCUGGAAACAUUAUAAAACCAUCCACGAGGCCGACGACUGGUGUGUUCCCAGCAAAGAACCCAAAGACAUGAGCACCUUCCGCAGCUUCUAGACUCGUCUGACGACAUACACCGACGCACAUGCUUCAGCAGCCCGAAUAGAUCCAAGCGUCUUACCUUCGUCUGUCUGCUCUUGUGUAGAUUCAGAAUAAAGAAAGAGACAAUAUUAUGAGCAUGCUGAAACCCAACAUGUUUCUUGUGUGUUCUAAUGAGAAAGUUUUGCACUGUUGCGGGUGGUACCAGUAUUAUAAGUUAGCACAGGUGUUGCUAGUGCCAUCACAUCCCAGAUAGACGAUACUGCUGUUGCCUGUUCUGGUGUAUUUUAAGUGUGUGUGUUACUUUUGAGUGAGAUACAGUGUUUUCCUGCUCAUAUAUUUGAAUGUCUAAAUCAGUAUAUAUUUAUUUAUCUGUCAUCAUGAGAUGGACCGUAAUGGUGAUCAUUUUUGCUUUAAAAUGUUACAUGCUGUGGUUUGGGAGAUCGAGCUCAUGUACCAGCAUAACUGGGACUUCACAUUCCAUGUACUGUUCCAUGUGUUAUUUUGUUUUCAGAGCCAGUCUAAAGAAAGAUGCUUUUUUUUUUUUUUUUUUUAAGAAGUUGUGAGUGUAGCGUGAAGAGCUUUAAAGUGUUAAAUGCUUCACACCACCAGGAAAUGUUCAGCUUCAGCUAUGUAACUUUUCAGGCUCUUAAGUGACAAAAAAGGAACAAACGCAUGUACGUGUGGAAUCGUGUGCUUCUCUUUAUGGGGUUUUACAAGAGUGUUCAGUAGUUUGAAACUCAUUCUGUUCAAUAAAGUACAAUUCCAGUGACCUCUACUGGAGACGGACUGUAA